GGCUGCCCGGCCGCCAUCUUGGGUCGGGGCCGGCCCCCACCACUCUGCGUGGGCCUCGGGGGGUUCACUGGGUGCCAUUAGGGUCCCUGAAGGGUCACCGGGUCCUUACGGGCUCCUUGGGGUGACGCUCAGCCUCACACGGAGCACUGCAGUGUCUCCGUGCCCUCACACCUAUCCCGGGGGCUCUGGGGAGGGGAGGGAGCGGGGUCGCCGAGGGGUCUCCUCAUCUACACGGGGGUCCCUGGGAGCCCACGCGUGUCCGAGGAGGGGUCCUGGUUGUCUCCAUGUCCCCACUCGUGUCAUUGCGGGGUGUCGGGGGGGAUCUCCUCGUUCCUGGAGGUGUCUGGGGGAUGUCCCCCACCCCAUCCCCACCCGUGUCCCGUGUCCCCAGGGCACUGGCAGCGCUCGAGGCUGCCUUGGCCUUGGAGGAGGAGGAGGGUGAUGUCCCCACCCGGGUCCUGGUGGAACAUCAAAUGGACACCCGGCGGAAGCAGAAGCUGCUCCUGUCCCAGCUCCGGGUGCUGAAGCUGCUCCUGGGGGUCAUCGAGAACCCGGGGCUGCCCCCGGCCACCACCAACCUGCGCGAGGCAGCGGUGCUGGCACGGGGGCGCUGGCGGGAGCUGAAGGCGAGGUACGGGGGGGCCUUGGGGGAGGCCGUGCCCCCCGCCCUGGCCCAGCUGCACCGGGGCCAGCGGCUGCUGCAGCGCGGGAGGGCGGCCCUGGGGGCACGGCUGGAACAGCAAGAAGAGCUGAAGGUGAAGGUGCGUGAGGCCACAGAGAGACGGGACCAGCUGCUCCGGCGGGUUCAGGAGCGGCGCCUGCAGCGGCUCGGCCGGCAGGAGGCGCUGAAGGGACUGCGGGAGACAGCGGCCAGGGUGGGGGCCUCGUGCCAACUGUACCAGGCCCUGGCGGGGGUCCAGGUGCUGCCCCCCUCCCCAGGGACCCCCGAGCUGGAGCUGGAGCUGGGACCCCCUCCCGGUUCCUCCCAUUCCCUGCCCCCCCUUCACCUGUGCCUCACCCCCAGUGGGGGGGUCCAAUUGCAGGAACCCCCCCUGGGGCUGCUCCCUCCCCUGGGCCCAGGGCUGCUGGAGCUGCAGCAGCGCUGCUGGGAGAGCUGGAGCCUCUGGGCAGAGGUGACACACCUGAGGAACAGGUUCGCCCUGGACUGGCAGCCAGAGUUGGGGCUCCUGCAAGUCCUGGGGGGCCCCCGGGGUGCCCAGACCCUCUGGACGCUGCAGCUGGAGCCGGGGUACCCCCAGAGUGGGGGGGUGCGACUGCUGCCCCCCGCCGAGGGGACCUCCCCCAUUCCUGCACCCCCAAACCCCCCCACUCUGACGCGGUGGCUGGAGCUGCUGGUGGGGGGGGUCCCUGAAAAUGGGGGAUCCCCCUCUAUCCCCCCACCAUAAAAAACCCCACUGCACCCCAAUAAACUCACGGCCACCUCUCCUCCA